GUCCGAGUUGAGUGAUGUUUUUGCAAUUUACUAAGUGGAAGUCAAGUCAAUGAGCCGCAAUGGACGCUCAAAAGUACACUUUGACAUCACUACGGCAAGAAAUCGUCGACAACAACUUGCACGUGAAGGCGAUAAUCCAGGACAUUUUAUCCUUCCGUGGCUCCCUUUCUGAACUCGAAACUUUAAAUGAAGCCGGUCGCAGUAAACUGGCCGCGCUUCGCAAAUGCAUCGAACGACUUGACGACUGGGCUCGGGACGAUGGCGAUCCGGAACUGGCGAAGGAAGUCGACUCGCAUCGACAGCAAUUCUCGAAAACGUUGCAAGCAUUCCGUAAAGCGAACGUCUCCACAAUGUUGGAAAUCGAGAAGGCUGAUCGUGAGGAGCUGUUCGCAAUGACCGGCGAAGGAGAGGUUCGGCAACGCGGGGCCGCGCGAUACAACAAAAUGAAUUUGGUCGCUCAACAGGACAACGUAACUGAAAAAAUGCUUUCCAUUUCACGCCAUUUGUCGGAAACGACUCAGAAAAGUGCAGCAACGCUCGAAACACUUGUCUAUUCGUCACAAAGUGUCGAGGGCACUCGCGAUGAACUCCUCAACACGGCGGGCACGAUCACGCAAUCGGGAAAGUUGCUGAAAAAGUAUGGACGUCGCGAGUGCACGGACAAGAUUUUGUUGUUUUUCGCGUUUAUAUUCUUCUUGGCCUGUGUCUUCUACAUCGUCCAGAAGAGGCUGUUCUAAUAGAGUUGGGAACGUUAGCUGUGAGCACAUCAUUUCGAUUAACUUCGCAUUAAGGUACGCACUAAACACUGUCGAAUGAAAAUAUUUUAAAUAAAAGAAGUAAAUUGAACACUUGCUACAAAUUCCUGUUAAAUGAUAUUAGAAGAUUCGUCGCACGAUCUAGGAUUGUGUGCAAAAGACUACUUUAAUUAUGUAAAUAUGUUACUGUCCUACGGAUUUUAUUAUUAUUAAAAAAUGCUGAUUAGAUGAAA